AUGCUGGCGGCUCACAAAGACCAGGAGAAUCUGGCGUUCAGCCGGCAGGCUGGGGGCUCUAAAGCUCUCAACCAAAAGCCGAUGGGAUCUCGAUAUCACAAAACGCCCCUCAAGGUGCCUCUAAAUGACGAGAACGCGCCAGCUGGGGCUGGGAAGAGUGUCCUGGCAGCAAAAAAUGGAAACACAAUGCUUCGGACCGUUGGCAAAGGCAAAGGCGCGCCUGCCACUCCACUAGAACCUCUCACAGCACGCGCACCUCUAGGUAACAAGACGACCAACGCCAAAGCGAGGACUGGACAAAUCCAAGGCGUGAAGAGCAUUGUUCGUGAGAUUGAGAAGACCCAGCAACCCGCCACCAUCAACCGACCACCGAAGCAGACAUCGACGAACCGGACUGAGUCUGGCAAGCUCGAUGUCCAUACCGAUGCCCCCACAGGUCCUGAAGCGGAGGAAGAGAUCGAAUAUGCGCCUCCAAAGAUAGAAGUUCCUUACGAAUCGGAGGACUUCAAGGAUGGUGUACUCACUUAUGAAGGUCUCAAGCCUAAGAACCGGUUGAGGAACUAUUACCCCUACUACCAUGAUGCCGAACGGACCGAGAGGCGUACAGCGGUCGCGGCAUCUCGGGCUUCCAAGAAUAUCGAAGCCGACUGGAAGGACAAUGUGGAUGAAUGGGCGGUAGGCGAUGUUUCCAACGCGACAAAAUACCUGCAGCGGAAAUCAGCAAAGAACGCAGCUGCAGCUUGGUCAGCCGCGACAUCUUCUAAUCCCACCGCGUCAAGAGCACCGUCUACAAUCGCCUCCCGGAAUGCUGCUGGGGCUCUCGGCUCCGCUCCCCGGCCGGCGCUAGCCCCGAGGCCCGACUCUGUCAAGCCACUCAACAAGCCGGCCCGUGUACUUCCAUUUGGUAUCACCGGAAACAAGCCUGCUCAACGUGCAAUCCGGCCUCGCGAAACGUCUGCAGAGGUCGCUGCGGCAGUGUCCAAAUCUACCCUUGGAUACAACAAAGGACGUACUGCAUCCUCCAUGAUUAAUGGACGCCAAACCAUGACUGCGAACCGGGCCCCGGCAACAGCCCCGCCACGCAACCCAAGCGUAGCCUCUGUGCGCGCCCCAAGUGUGGCAUCUUCGUAUUCCCGAGAGUCGACAAUCACGCCGGCACGCUUUGCAAAGAGCCAGGCAGACAAAGAGGCUGAGGAUGAGGCUCAAAAGAAGCGAAUUCCCUUCUUGUCAAUUUUCGACGUGGAAAGUGAAGAUGAGAACGACGAACCCGCUUCUGCUGGCGAUAUCAGCAUUCAUGGGUUUGAGCUCCCAGAGGAAUUGUAA